AUGAGCAUUGAGUCUGCAGGCGUGUCUGGUAAUAAUCCAUCAGCAACUAACGGGCCUUUGCAUUGCGUGUCGGCAGCGUCGGCGGCUUGGGAGAGGCGUAGGUACGAAGGCCGUGUCCAAUGCCGCCGCCCACCAAGGCCUUGUCGCGUGGGCAAAUCGUCCCUGUGCUGUCCGUAG